GGAGGGACUCUGCCGCCUCCGCUGAUCACAAGAAAAAGCUCUCUCACGCCAACCACGAACGAACGUACGCACGCACGCCCCUGCUCUGGACCCAGCAACAGCUUGGCGAGUGGCGGCACACCCUUCUUGCUCUAGAGAGAGAGAGAGAGAGAGGGAGGGGCUAUGGCGGUGGCGGCGCCGGGGCAGCUGAACAUAGAGGAGUCGCCGCCGUCGUGGGGCUCGCGGAGCGUCGACUGCUUCGAGAAAUUGGAGCAGAUUGGCGAAGGCACUUACGGCCAAGUGUUCAUGGCCAGAGAAAUAAGUUCCAGUGAAAUUGUUGCUCUGAAGAAGAUACGCAUGGAUAAUGAAAAAGAAGGGUUUCCUAUAACAGCAAUUCGAGAAAUUAAAAUAUUGAAGAAGCUUCAACAUGAGAAUGUUAUCAAGCUUAAAGAAAUUGUAACAUCUCCUGGUCCUGAGACCAUUGAACAGAGAAAGGCAGAGGGCAACAAGUAUAAAGGCAGCAUCUACAUGGUUUUUGAGUACAUGGACCAUGACUUGACAGGCCUUGCUGAUCGUCCUGGACUCAGAUUUACAAUUCCACAGAUUAAGUGUUAUAUGAAGCAGUUGCUAACUGGCUUACACUAUUGUCAUGUCAACCAAGUGCUUCAUCGGGAUAUAAAAGGUUCCAAUCUUCUAAUAGAUAAUGAGGGAAGGUUGAAGCUAGCAGAUUUUGGACUUGCACGAUCUUUUUCCAAUGACCAUGUUGGAAAUCUUACUAAUCGUGUUAUCACUUUGUGGUACAGGCCUCCAGAGUUGCUCCUUGGAGCCACAAAAUAUGGCCCAGCUGUUGACAUGUGGUCAGUGGGUUGCAUCUUUGGGGAACUUCUGUAUGGGAAACCUAUCUUACCUGCAAAAAACGAGCCUGAGCAACUAAACAAGAUCUUUGAGCUUUGCGGAUCGCCUGAUGAAGUCAACUGGCCUGGGGUUUCCAAGAUACCCUGGUAUAACAAUUUCAAGCCAACAAGGCCCAUGAAAAGACGCGUCAGGGAGGUUUUCAGACACUUUGACCGUCAUGCCUUAGAUUUGUUGGAUAGAAUGCUGACUCUUGAUCCAGCUCAGAGAAUAUCUGCCAAGGAUGCACUCGACGCAGAGUAUUUCUGGACAGAUCCCCUACCAUGUGAUCCUAAAAGCUUGCCAAAAUAUGAAUCGUCGCAUGAGUUCCAGACCAAGAAGAAGAGGCAGCAACAGCGGCAAAAUGAAGAGGCAGUGAAGAGACAGAAAGUGACACAUCCUCUGCCGCAUUCUCGCCUACCGCCGAUUCAGCACCCAGGCCAAUCUCAUCCUUCGCAGUGGUCUGCGCCCAACCAUCCUGUGAACCACUCCCAGCCCGCUUUGUCUUCUGGGCCAGGCCAUCACCACUACGGAAAGCCUCGGGGUCCGCCAGGUGGCCCAAACAGGUAUCCCCCUGCUGGGACCCAGGGCACAAGCUAUAAUCCCAAUCGCGGGGGCGGGGCCACCCAAGUCCGGGGUUAUGCUGGUGGACCAUAUCCAACUCAAGGACGGCCUCCAACUUAUGGUGGAGGCAGUAUGCCUCCUGGUCCUGCUGGGGGUCCAGGAGCCACUGGGGGCUAUGGCGUCGGCCCCGUGAAUUACCCUCAAGGUAACCAGUAUGGAGGUUCUACAUCCAACCGAAGCUUAAACCAAUUGGGUAACAAUAGAAAUCAACAAUACGGUUGGCAACAAUGAGUAAAUGUCUAAGUUCAGUCGGCUCUUUGGACCCUACAUUAUGUGGUUGGAAUGAUGUUCAAAUUUUGUGCUUAGGGAAGUUCUGAAAUUGUCCCAAGUUUUCGAGGUUUUCAACAUAUCCUGUAUCUAUGGUUACCUAGUCUUUGGUUUCAUAGGUCAAGAACCUAACUGAAAUUAAAAUUCAUGAGCAUCAAAUGUCAAUAGUAGGUUGAAUCAUGAAUUCCAUGACGAUGAAUUUAUUGAGAUUGGAGCGAUUCGAGUA